UUGCUCUGCUCUUCAUGGUGUUUGAUGAGAAUGAGUCCUGGUACCUGGAAGACAACAUCAGAACUUACCUCCACACUGACCCCAGUAACUUCACCGUGGACGACAACUUUAUAGAGAGCAACAAGAUGCACGGUAUAAAUGGUAAGCUGUAUGGAAACCUUCAUGGUCUUACCAUGUCUAAUGGCCAGACAGUGGACUGGUAUCUACUAGGGAUGGGCAACGAGGUCGACAUUCACACUGUCCACUUCCACGCUGAGACCUUCACUUAUAAAACGGACAGUGUGCACCGCGCGGAUGUGUUUGACCUGUUCCCGGGGACGUUUCAGACGGUCGAGAUGACUGCAGGGAACCCUGGGACAUGGCUGUUGCACUGCCACGUUGCCGACCACAUCCACGCUGGAAUGGAGACUACUUUCACCAUCACGGAGAAAACAUCACAUGCACCUGGUACUGGAGGUUCCAUCUCCACUCUGCUACUGCCACUAUUACUGACCCUUCUCCACUAGACUACUCUGUAUGUGUGUGUGUGCGUGCGUGUGUGCGUGCGUGCGUACGUGUGCGUGUGUUCAUAAUGCAUUAUCAGUCAAUGUAAUCAGCUAUCAAACCAAUCAGUCCUACAAUAGAUAAAAUGAUGAUGAAUGACAGAUCCAUAUUACACAGCUUCACCAUCCAGUCAUCCCAUGUUACAGCUUUAUCAUAGAAUUAGGAAGUAGAAUCCUAGAAUGGACAUGAACCUUCUUAUGAUGGCAUAAAAGGUCAGCCAUGUUGGUCAGGGAGAUGAUGCCAGUGCUGUUAUAAUUUGUAAAGCAAUGAAUGUGAAGAAUUUGCAUUGUACAAGUAUUCAGACCCCUUGACUUUUUUCCACCAAAACAUUUUUACGUUACAGACUUGUUCUUAAGUUGAUUAAAUUGUUUUUUUCUUUCCCCUCAUUAAUCUACACACCAUGCCUCAUAAUGACAAAGCAAAAUCUGUUUUUUAGGAAUGUUUGCAAAUGUAAAUAAAAUAAAACAUACAUUUCA